AUGGCACUGAGCGCCAAGAACAAGUUGGGGUUCAUUGAUGGAACUGUGGAAGCUCUUCUCCUUACUGAUGCGAAUUAUGCCACCUGGAAACGAGGCAAUGACACUGUGAAGUUAUGGAUUCUCAAUUCGCUGUCUGAUGAUGUUUAUUCCAGUAUGAUGUUCAUCAAAUCAGCAAGGGAUAUAUGGAUUGAACUUAAAGAUCAAUUCUCCUUGACAAAUGGACCUAGGAUCUUCCAGUUGCAGCAAUCUAUUUCUGAUUUGGCACAAGGUCAGAUGAAUAUUGCCAAUUCCCGAGACAUAUCCUACUUCUUUGAAAGCUUGGCUGAUUAUCAAAAUCGAGAUUAUGUAAUGAAGUUCUUGAUGGGCCUGAAUGAGUCAUAUGGUCACAUUAAAAGCCAAAUUCUUCUUACCUUACCUCCUAUAAACAAGGUGUUUGCAUUGCUUGUGCAAGAAGAGAGGCAAAGGGAGAUCAGUUCAGUGAUUAUUACUGAACCAACUGCUAUGCUGGGAAGAGCUACAGGAAAUCAAGGAAACAAACAGAGUCAUGGCAAGAAAGAGAGACCUAUGUGCUCCCACUGUGGACUUCUAGGACACACGGCUGAAAAAUGUUACAAGCUACAUGGGUAUCCUCUAGGCUACAAGUCAAGAUACAAGCAAAAUGCUCCUUCAGCAAAUCAAGUAGCCUUGGCAACCAAUGCUGAGCAAUCUAGUGAAGUACAAUAG